AGGGAGGCGAGCUCCCUAGCCAACGUGGAGGCCCCGCAAGCGCCAGCGGCGAGUGUCGUGCCGGCACAGUAUGAGCAUUCCACAGCCAGCUGCACCAGAGAGUCCCAUGGAGGGUACCGGAGGAGGCCCAGCAGGGACGGCUGCAGUAGGUGUCCGGGAGAAGGGCCCUCGGCUCUGCCAGCGACUGCCCUCUAUUGUGGUGGAACCCACUGAAGUGGGUGCUGUGGAAAGUGGGGAGCUGCGUUGGCCACCUGAUGGUACCCAGAAAGGUACCCCUCAGAUCCAGGCUGCUGCUGUUCCUUCUUCGAGUCCACCAGGAGCACCAGGGAAGACAGCGGAUCAUGAUGGCAUCGAGGGCGAGGGUGCCAGUUCUGGGCACCAGGCAGUCCCUGGUCCAGUAACAGAUAAGGGCAUGGCAGGCUCUGCUCGCUGACCACCGAGAGGCCCUCGAUCUCAGGACAACUGAUUCCCAGAAAGGCUCGA